CGGGUACGGCUGCUAUUAGAGAACGAAGGGAACGUGAAAGCAGCAACUCUUGAAAUUGUAACAAAAGCGUACCGGAUCCGGUUUAAGUCAAAGUCCCCCUGGGAAGGCGACGAAGUUUCGUGAGCUGUCUUGUCUGUCAUCUUGGCGAGAGGGAAAAAUAGUUGGAACCCCUCAGCCUCAGAUCUCCUUCUCUCUCAUUUUUGAAUUUUCUUUGUGCGAGCGAUCCUCUUUCUUCAUCAAUCCAUCUUCCAAACUCUUUCUUUUGUUAGCAAAUAGCAAUUCAAAAUUCCCGAUUUCGUUUUGUUACCUCCGCCGCGCGACUGAUUCUCAUCGGGGGCUCUGUCUGACUAGAAUUCUCUUCCGCAUUCGGUAGAGAGAUUUUUGAUUAAGAUGGAGUCGGACAAUGGGAAGGGGUUGAUACUAGCAGUGGCGUCUAGUGUUUUCAUUGGCUCCAGCUUCAUCUUGAAGAAGAAAGGUCUCAAGCGAGCUGCUGCCAAUGGCACCCGUGCUGGGUAUGGCGGUUAUACUUACUUGUUAGAGCCUCUUUGGUGGGCAGGCAUGAUCACUAUGAUUGUUGGAGAAGCUGCAAACUUUGUCGCCUACAUAUACGCACCAGCUGUUCUCGUCACUCCCCUUGGUGCUUUAAGUAUUAUCAUCAGUGCUAUUCUGGCACAUUUCCUCUUAAAAGAAAAACUUAAGAAAAUGGGGGUUCUUGGGUGUGUCUCUUGCAUCGUCGGCUCCGUUGUCAUUGUCAUUCACGCACCUAAGGAGCAAACUCCUAACUCCGUCCAAGAGAUUUGGACUCUCGCUACUCAGCCUGCUUUUCUAGUUUACGUAGCCAUAACCAUGUCCGUUGUCCUUGCUUUGAUUCUCCACUUCGAGCCUCUCUGCGGCCAAUCCAACAUUCUCGUUUAUAUCGGCAUCUGUUCCUUGAUGGGUGCUCUCACUGUUAUGAGCAUAAAGGCUAUUGGAAUUGCUAUAAAGUUAACGAUGGAGGGAGUGAGCCAGAUCGGGUAUCCGCAGACAUGGCUUUUUCUCAUGGUUGCUGUUACCUGUGUCGUCACACAAUUGAUUUAUCUAAACAAGGCUUUGGACACAUUCAAUGCAGCAAUUGUUUCUCCAGUGUACUAUGUAAUGUUCACAACCCUCACUAUUGUUGCUAGUGCCAUCAUGUUCAAGGAUUGGUCUGGGCAAGACGCAGCUAGCGUAGCCUCUGAGUUAUGUGGAUUCAUCACUGUGCUCACUGGCACAAUGAUACUUCAUGGGACCAAGGAAGAGGAACAACAACAAGCCUCUUCUUCAGUUUCGUCUGGUGGCAUUGAAGGCAAUGCAGAUUUGAUAUUCGGGUCUUCAGAGUCAGUAAGAUGGUACGAGUCAAGAAAGAGCACGAACGAAGAACAUCUGAUAAGCCUGUACAGCCCUGAAUACUAGGAACAUCUCUAGACUCACUCCCAAUAUAGAUUUGAAAUGUGGCAAGCAGAAGCCUCGGUGGACUGAUGAUGUUGUCGUAGCUUUGUAUUAUUUUUGUGGUCGUCUCUUCUCUGUACAGACAAAAAGUUUGUCUAAUUGAAACUCGGAACACAUUCUUUA